AUGAAGAUGCGAUGUUCAGCGAAGUUGCCAAGCUAUGGGCCGGGCACACGUCCGCGCAUGCACCCGCGCACGGAUCUAGUCGACCUUCGACCAGUUUUCCCGCCUCGUCCGGCCAUCCAGCCGGUCUCGCAGGUGAUCCAGUCGCAGGAUGGUCGCACGGGUUUGGGUCGCACGGGCGUGGAUCGCACAGUCGUGGAUCGCACGGUCGUGGAUGCUCAUGCUGCUGCUGACAGUAAAGGUGAUGCUGAUGGCGGUCCUGCUGGUUAUGGCGACGAUGGUGGGAUUGACGGCUUGGGCCGGCACCACCACAAGGGCAAGGCGCACGAAGGCGGCAAGGCAGGAGUUACCGCUGCCGCUGCUGCUAUGCGUUCGGGCGGCGCUGGUAGCAUGGCUGAUGCUGCUGUAGCUGCCACUGCAGGCGGGAUUGGUGCUGGCGGCAGCGGCAGCGUUGCUAGUGCUGCUGAUGCGGCCGCGGAUGGUUCAGAAGGCGGGUUUGGGGUUGUAGGCAAGGGGAGGGAACGGUCUGGGGAGAAACCGGGGGAGGGGGAAGAGGAGGAGAGAACAGGGGCGGAGGGGGUUGGAAGAGGGGGAAAAAAGGCAGAGCAGACGGGAGAUACGCGAGGUCGUGGGGAGAAGGGGCAGUUGUCGGCGCUGCUGGCGAGCGGAGGGUUUGGGGGAGAGGAGGAGGAGGAGGAGGAGGAGGAGGAGGAAGAGGAGGUUGGGGCGGGGGAAGGGGGAAGUGAAGGAGGGAGAGGGGAUGAGUGCCCCUUCUCCCACGACUUGGCGCGCUUCCCCUGCAAGUACUUUCACGUGGGCACGGGGUGCUUGGAUGGGGAGAGGUGCAGAUUCUCCCAUGGGAGUGCCGAGGAGAGGGAGCUGGUGCGGUUGAGAGAGAUUUGGCAGAGGGACAGGCCUAGGGGCGCGGCGGGGGAGAGGCAGGGGUUCAGAGAGGUGGAGAGGGGGAAGGAGGGGUUCAGGGAUGGGGUUGGGGGAGCGGGUGGGAGAAGGAUGGCUGGUGCUGGUGGCAGUGUGGGGGUUGGCGGCGUUAGUGGUGCUGGUGCUGCUGGUGCUGUUGGUGGUGUUGCUGCCGAUCUUCCUGUUGGUGGUGGGGGAGGGAGGGGAACAUGGGUGGUUAAGGUUGAGGGCAGCGCGGACAGGGGGGAGAGGCUGGGGGGGAUGGGAUCAGAUGGGCGGAAGGGGGGGGGCACGGGGGGAGAAGCGCAGAAGGAAGGGGGGAUGGGCCAAGAGUGGAAGGAAGGUGGGAUGGGCCGAAAGUGGAAGGAAGGGGGGAUGGGCCAAGAGUGGAAGGAAGGGGGGAUGAGUGGAGACGGGCGGAAAGAAGGCGAGAAAUGCGCGGAUCAGGGGGGUGGUGAGGGGAGAGGGAAGGAGGGCGGAUUGGGUGGUGUUUUGGGCAGCAGGAUGACCGAGGAGGAGGAGGAGGAUGACGAUGAGGAGGGAGGCAGCGCCCUGGAUCCCUAUGGUGCUGCUGGGUCAGGGCCAGGCACCCACCCAUAUGGGGCUCCUGGGGGCGACACAGACCCAUACGGGGCUCAUACAGGCAGCACAGACCCAUAUGGGGCUAGCAGGGGUGAUGCAGACCCGUAUGGUGUUGGUGGGGCAGGGCCAGGGGCAGCAUCAGCAUCGGUGCAUGACUUUCUGGCACGGGCAGCAGAGUUCUUUGCCGAUGGGGGGACGGGAGGAGAGGGGGAUGCGCCUAUGCCUAUGUAUGGUAGGAUGGAGUAUAUUGGGGAGGCGGGAGGGGGGGGUGGGCCACGAUAUGCGCCUGACUAUGCAGCAGAUGCGGAUAGAGCUUCGUAUGCACCUGAUUAUGCUGGAGAUGGGGAGUUAGCAGGGGGUGGGGUGAAAGUCUUAUAUGCGCCUGAUUAUGCUGGGGGGGAGGGUGUACCCCGAUACAGCAGCACGGGGUAUGAGGGUGAAGCAGGAGGGGAUAAGGCAGCGCACGAUCUUUACUCUUGGAAACAUGCUAAAGAAGAGGAGAGGGAGGAAGAGGAAGAGGAGGAAGAGGAGAAGCAGCAGGAGGGUAAUGUGGGGCGAGAAAAUGCAGUCAUUGGGGAGGUUGAGAAGCGGCCAACAGGGAUUACAGAGGCGUUGGCUUAUAGGAAGAAUGGAACAUUCAGUAGCGAGGAUGCUGAUUCUGAGAGGACGGGCCGAGCGAGAGCGAAUGUUGCUUCGCUCUUGAGCCAAGUAAUAGAUAGUUAG